AUGGCCGCCGACCGCGACAGUAGCAUGUCUGAGGACGAUGUUCCCCUUGCUUCUCAGACUUCCACCACCGCUAAUGGCACAAACGGCACAAACGGCUCUGGCAGCCACGUCGCUAAGAACGGCAACGGCCGAGCCCGUGACGACUCCCCCAUGGACGAAGACGAUGAAGAUGGCAUGCCCCUUUCGCAGACGGUGAACGGGAACGGAAACAAUAACGUGACCUCCGCCGCCUCCGCGCCGAACCGCAAGCGCAAGGCCACCACCUCUCCUCCCUCCUCAGACGAAGAGGAUGAUGUUCCGCUCGCAUCUUCGCAGCCGACUGCGCAUCGCUCGGCAGCCGUGCCCAUGCCAGGCGCCGCGGCCGCCACGACGGUCUCACGCGACUCGUUGCCGCCACUCAACGGCAAGGGCAAGCUCAAGCCGGCCAAAUGGGACAACGACGACGAAGUGGAGGAUCUGAGUGACAGUAGCGAGGACGACGUGCCACUUGCCGCUUCGAGCGUCCCUCCCACGCCUGCCAAGCCGCGCACGAAUGGCAAGGCCAAAGCCGUCAAGGAGGAGGAGGACAGUGAUCCCGAGUCGGCGGCUAACAAGGCCAAGGCGGCGAAAGCUAAGCCUGCACGCGCGGUGAAGCGGCGCAAGACGACGAUCAAGGAGGAGAGCGAUGAGGACGAUGACGUGCCGCUACAACAGGAAACUCCGAAGAAGCCGGCUGCGAAGCGGGGUGCGAAACGCGUCAAGAAGGAGGAGGAUGAUUCGGGUGCAGAAGAUGUUAAGCCGAAGAAGCGUGCGAGGGUGAAGAAAGAGGAGAAGGAGACUAAGGAGGAGAAAGCUAAGGCCAAGGCCAAAGCGAAGAAGGAGAAGGAAGAGAAGGAAGAGGAGGAGAUCCAUCGCUGGUGGGAGGCGAACGGUGGCAUUCAGGGCGAUGACGAGCAGAAGUGGACAACGCUCGAACAUUCAGGUGUAAUGUUCGCUCCGCCGUAUGAGCCGUUGCCAAAGGACGUCAAGAUGAAAUACAACGGCAAACCCGUCUCUUUACCGCCCGCCGCUGAAGAGGUCGCUGGCUUCUACGGCGCCAUGAUUGAGACCGACCACGCCAAGGACGCCACUUUCAACCAGAACUUCUUCGCUGACUUCCUCAAGGUCCUCAAGAAGAAUCCACCUACCGACGGUACCAAGAUCACGGACUUCGAUAAAUGCGACUUCCGGCCGAUGCUUGAAUACUUCGAGGCCGAGAAGGCUAAGAAGAAAGCAAUGACUUCAGCCGAGAAGAAAGAGGCUAAGGCGCAGAAGGAGGCGGCGGAACUCAAAUACACGACUUGUCUACUCGACGGGCGCAAGGAGAAGGUCGGCAACUUCCGCAUUGAGCCUCCAGGUCUAUUCCGCGGUCGUGGCGAGCAUCCGAAGAAGGGCGCGCUCAAGCUCCGUGUACGUCCGGAGGAUGUCACGAUCAAUAUCGGCAAGGAGGCCCCCAUACCGAAGCCUAACGUCGGUGGUAACUGGAAGGAGGUCAUCCACGACAAUACCGUUACUUGGCUCGCGACAUGGGUUGAGAAUGUCAAUGGCAACCACAAAUAUGUCUUCCUCGCGCCUGGUAGUUCGCUCAAGGGUCAAAGCGAUAUGAACAAGUUCGAGAAGGCGCGUGAGCUCAAGACACACAUCGACCGCAUCCGCGCCGACUACACCGCUGAGCUCACGGACAAGCAGAUGGCGACUCGUAUGCGCGCAACGGCAAUGUACUUUAUCGACGUUCUCGCGCUUCGUGCGGGUAACGAGAAGGGCGAGGACGAGGCAGAUACCGUCGGUUGUUGUUCGUUGCGCUGCGAGCACGUCACGCUCGACCCUGGUCCGCCGCAACAGCUUGUGUUCGACUUCUUGGGUAAAGACUCCAUUCGGUACUACAACAAGGUCGAGGUCAACGAGACGGUAUUCAAGAAUAUCAGGAUCUUCAAGAAGAACAAGGAGGAUAGCGAUGACCUAUUCGACCGCCUAUCUCCUGGUCUCUUGAACAAGCACUUGCAAAGCUACAUGAAGGGCUUGAGCGCGAAGGUUUUCCGUACAUACAACGCAUCAAUCACGUUCCAGCGUCAGCUCGACCAGGGCACACCGGAGAAGGGCACGCUACAGGAGAAGCUCAACCACUACAACCACGCCAACCGUAUGGUCGCCAUUUUGUGCAACCAUCAACGUGCUGCGCCCAAGACGCACGAGCAGUCGAUGGGCAAGAUGAAGGACAGGUUGCGUGGCAUGAAGUAUGAGCGCAUGAAGCUCCGACAUGCGCUGUUUGGUCUUGACGCCAAGUACAAGAAGAAGAAAGCUUACUCUGCUGACGAGUCUGACUUCGAAGACGAAGACGUAGGCGAGGUCGAGGAGAUGCUCAAAGCGAAAGAGCUUGAGCGCGUGCAGAAGAAGUUCGCCAAGGAGAACGAGAAGCUCGCGGCGGACGGCGAGCCUGAGCAGACGGCUGACGUGCUGAAGGAGCGCGAGAAGGCUGUGCAUGACGAGUACAAGCGGUUGGCGAAAGAGAGGGGCACGGGCAAGGCGACGUUGAAGAGGGAGAAGGCGCCGGAGAAGAUCGAAGAGGCGAUCGCGAAGUUGGACGAUAGGAUCAAAACGUUCAAGCUGCAGAUGGAGGAUCGCGAGGCGGGUAAGGAGGUCGCGCUCGGGACGAGUAAGAUCAACUACCUCGACCCUCGGAUCACCGCCGCUUGGUGCAAGAAACACGAUGUACCGAUAGAGAAGCUUUUCUCCAAGACGCUACUCACCAAGUUCCCCUGGGCAUUGGAGGUCGACGACGAGUGGAAGUUCUGA